AUGAGCCGAUUCUUUUCGCUCUUCACCAAGUCGUCGCAACCUCUGAUUCAACACCUCGGACCGCCGACCACCCCGACUGCACAAGCCGCUCAGCAAGCAAUUCAGAGCACCAAUAGCGCCAUGUCUGCGCACGAGACCGCCACUGUCGCUUCGGGCUGCUUCUGGGGCACCGAGGACAUCUACCGCAAAGCCUAUGGAAACGGCAAAGGUCUGCUCGACGCCAAGGUGGGCUUCAUCGGCGGCCACGAGUCGAGCAAGAAGCCUUCGUACGAGGAGGUGUGCACGGGACGUACCGGACACGCCGAGGCCACGCAGAUCCUGUUCGAUCCCGCGAAAGUGUCGUACGCCGAGCUCAUCGAGUUCUUCUACCGCACCCACGAUCCUACUCAGCUCAACCAACAGGGCAACGACAGAGGCACCCAGUACCGAUCUGCCAUCUUUGCGCACGACCAGACGCAGCUCGACAUCGCCAAGAAGGUGACUGAAGAGGUGCAGCAGAAGCACUUUGAUCCCAAGGGCAAGAAAAUCGUUACACAGCUCGAAAUACGAAAGACGGAGGACUUCUUCCCUGCAGACGACUACCACCAGCAGUAUCUGAUCAACAACCCCAAUGGCUACCACUGCUCUACACAUCGAUACUGGUGGUAA